AUGGCAGAACAGACAUCGACUAUUGCCACAGCACCCAAAAUGGGAUUUUGGAAAAGAAACUGGAAGGUCUGCGUCUAUUGUUUCAUUGCGUCCUUUGCUGCGACAGCCUUCGGGUUUGACCAAGGCACAGGCGGAGGGUUUCUUGCCAUGCAACAAUGGCUCAAGGACUUCGGUUAUUAUGACUCUGAAGAAGGUGUCUACAGCAUCACGGCCGGCUCUACCACCGCCAUGAAUGGAACACUCUGCGGAUCUGCCUUUCUCGCAGCCCUGGCCUCGGGCAGGAUCGGCUCACAAUUUGGCCGGAAGAUUGGUCUCAUCCUCUGUGGCGCCGCCGGACUUAUCGGGUCCGGCAUCAGUAUGAUACCUCACUAUGGAGCGCUGAUCGUCGGCAAAGUAUUCAUCGGAAUAUCUAUGGGCUUUGCAGGAAACUUUGCUAUCACUUACUGGAGCGAGACUGCACCUGCGCAGAUCCGAGGCCUUAUUGUCAUCAUGUACCAAUUUAACAUCAACCUUCCCAACUUUAUCGGCGCCUGCGUUGACCAAGGGACGUAUCUGCGGACUGACCGGUGGAGCUACCGCAUCCCUCUCUUCGUGACCAUGUUUCCGCCUCUGGUGCUGGUAACCCUUGUGUGGCUCAUCCCUGAAUCUCCAAGAUGGCUUGUGACCCGUGACAAGUACUCCGAGGCAAGAACGUCCCUGGUGAAAAUCCGUGGCAAGUACGCACGGGAUGACGAGCUCGAUGCAGAAAUGAAAGAAGUCAUCGCCUUCACUGAGCUUGAGAGGUCUUUGGACGCGUCGACAUCGUACCGCGAAUGCUUCUCUGGCACUAAUCGACGACGAACCCUCAUCGGUAUGCUUUGCAUGGGAGGUCAACAUAUGCAGGGUAUUGCAUUCAUCUCUGGGUAUUCGACGUACUUCUUCAGCCUAAUCGGGUUCAACGAUGCUUUUGUCAUCACCGUCAUCAUCAACGCCUGCCAGGUCGCGGCAGUGAUUUUCGCCUUCAUUGCGGUGCGAUUCAUCGGCCGUCGCAUUCUUCUCAUUGUGGGCGCGGGCGUGUGCGCUGCAUCCAUGUUCCUCUUCGCCAUCGUCGCCCAAGCUGCUCCGGGCAGUGACGCGGCGAAUAAAUGCAUCGUCGCAUUCAUUUGCAUCUACGUCUUCAGCUUUGCGGCCACCUGGGGUUCAAUUGGUCCGAUUGUGACCGGUGAGGUUCCUUCCAACCGCCUCCGAUCGAAGACAGUUUCUUGCGCGCUUUCUACCAACUGGUUCGGUGCUCUCCUUGUUAUUACCUCUAUUCCCUACUUGAUCAACAAGGACUAUGCCAAUCUCGGGACCAAAGUGGGGUUCAUAUUCGGCCCACUUGCAACUAUUGUAUUCGUCCUGGCCAUUUUCUUCCUCCCUGAAACGAAAGACCGUUCCUUGGAGGAAAUUGAUGAAAUGUUCAUCAAUCGCGUUUCCACACGAAAGUUCAAGUCUUACAUAUGCACGAAAGAGGCAGCCGGCGUCGAUAUCAUGGGGAAGGCUGGUGUGAUAGAAGUUGAGGAUGUGAAGAAAGUGUGA